CCUCACUCUACUGCCUCAGUCUGACAGAUCAAACAUGGCGGCCUCUACGGCUUCACGUGAACUGUUGUCGGAGGGAGUCCGAGCGGUUCUGCAUGGCUGGCCGGUUCUCCAGGUAAACAUUUACACUGACAUACACCUGCAGCACACCUGAAGACAGACGGACAGACAGACAGACGCUGAGUCGCUACCUGCCGAGCACGCGAUGCUACGGACUGAAGCUAACAUGCUAAAGCUAACAGGCUAAAGCUAACAGGCUAGUGAACCGGUCCUCUGGGUCAGGACGGUUAGGACUGUCAGACACUCAGAUAUACCGUAAUCAGUUUAACUAACCAACUGACCGGGUAAGGAUUUAGUGACUCACCUGGUUUGACUCUAGGUUUAGAGUGGUUCAGACUCAGAUGGCUCACAAACAUCUAAAAUCCUGGACCUCCAAACAUUCGAGUUAAGGUUGCACGAUAUUGGAAAAAACGAACUUUGCUUUUUUUUCAACCCUGCGAUAUCAAAAAAUUGAGGAAUUUUCACCAGAUGACCAGAAUGGCACUUUAUACAGAAAUCCUGAGGACAGUUCACCUGCACUGAUCUUACCUCUUUUAGCAACAGAUGAGAAGUAUUGCCGACACAGAACAGGUGUUUGGUGACGUCAUGCUUCUUGUAACCGAAAUAAUUAAAGAUAAGUCACGUUGCUUUUCCUUUUGUCAACAAGUCUUCAUUUUCGGCGGUUUUCUCUUCUUCAUUGCUCAUUUUGCAAUCGUUGUUGUUACCGGCGUUGUGCUGAGAAACACAUGCUCGCCGAGGAUUGCAUGCACCUCGCAAAACGUGCACCGCUUAUAGUAAAGUGGUCCACGGAAAUGUACAAUUUAAAACCCAUACGGUUCUUGUUUUGUGGGUUAAACAGUGAUGAGUACUGUUCCCAAAGUAAUUCUCAGCGGACACAAGUUUCUCGGCAAAACACCGGCAGCGCCUGCGACUCACCCUAUGUCCAGGUCAUAUGUAUGGGCGUGGUUUCCUCCGCUCUGAUUUUGAUUGACGGCUGGCAGGGUAGUCUGAUUGGCAACUGAGUAGGAGUGUGGAUUUUGUGGAUCGCUUCACGGCACAUGUCAAGUCACAUGCAGUGUAUCUCAGUCAGCUACCCUUGAAAUUAGAUGAGUUCAUUCGCCUCCGAGAUCGCAGGCUCUGCAGCGUCACUAUUGCACAUGCACAUGCUCGUGCAGCCCUAAUUCUAGUGUUCUGGAGAAGGAGACCAGGAAACAAGACGUGCAUCCCUGAUUGUCAGGGUCUCCAAAAGGUCAGAGGUCGUAUAAUGUGUCUGUAUGUGUGUGUGUGUGUGUGUGUGUGUGUUUUUUUUUUUUUUCAGAUUGCUGUGGAUAACGGGUUUGGGGGCGUGUAUGGGGAGCAGAAAGCUGAUUGGAUGGUGGAUGUGGUCCAACAGUAUUUCCAUGAUAAUGGUAAGUUACCAUGGUAACGUGAUGUAGGUUUAAAGGUUGAAUCAUAUGCUGCAUUCCAGUUGUACUCAGAACUUUCCGAGUUGGAAAUUAAUCUAGAACGCUCCCCUGAAGUCGGAUUUCCGACUCGGAAAGUCUGAUGAUCCUCGCCAACCCUGACUUGACGACAACGUUCAUAAUCCAAGAUGGCAGCGAAGUGCAUCGACAGUAAAGAGUAACAGUGAAAGCUCUCUUAAUGUUUUAUUUUUAAGUGCUUCUGUUUUGUUUUUUUGAUAUUAAAUAAGUGGUACAUGUUGUACUACCCAGCGUCCGACUGUGAACACAGUGCUAUGGUGUUUGGUCGAGUAAAAUACUGUGUUAUGUGUUGUUUACAACUGGUAUAGCUAACAACAACUAACAACAGCUGACAACGGCCAACGACAGCUGACAACUGAAAACAACAGCUAACAACAGGUAACUGCAAGGUGUCCAUCUUGGAUUUCCGACUUGUUAACUGUAACGCUGUCAACUCGGGUGUAAAGUCAGCUCCAAAAUCUGGGAAACUGGAACGCAGCAAUUGACUGUUUAUAGAAUAGAUAACGUCUGCCUCCUCACUGGGUGAAGCCACUCUGAGAACUGGACAAACUUUAUUACACAGAACAUAAAUGUUUCUUGAUGCAGCCUAUGGGUAAACGAAGAUUGCGUAGCUCUACCAGGGGCAAUACUUUUUUCGUAGGAUGGUAGGGUAAGGUCCCGCCUUCUUCACCUCUGAUUGGCUGUGAAACGUCAUCUUGUCUCAGGCCAAAUGCGGGCUGUCGGCUCUGUACAUCAAACAGAACAUUACAGAACAUCAUCGCAAUUCUGAAUCUCCUAACCCUAACCAGACAGACGAUGACGUUUCACAGCCAUAAGGAAUAACCAAUCGGAGACCAGCACUUCUAGCCAAUCAGAGGUGAAGGAGGGCGGGACCUUUCCCUACCAUCCUACCAAAAAAAAAAUCCCACCACUCAGGAGAUAUGCUGUUUGAGCCGAGCGUCAUCGCAGUGACUUGGCGACUCUCCCACCAAAUGCGUACAAAGCUACUGCGCAAUGUUGGUUUCAGGAAGUGGACAAAAAAACGCAGAAUUACCGAGAGCUUUUCAGCCUCAAAUCCGUAUACUGGCGGAAGGCGGAACCAAGUUGUCCAUAAUAUAUACAGUCUAUGGGUGAAGUAUAUUACAGGUUAAUAAUCAUUAAUGUGCUCAUAAUCUUAAUUCAUUAUUUGUGUGUGUGUGUGGUCAGCUGACCUGCAGCAGUAUGAGGUGGAGGACUUCAUCGCUCAGCUGAUGGAUCAGGAGUUUGACACAGUGGUGGAUGAUGGGAGUUUACCUGAGGUACACACACUCACUGUUGUGGUUUGUUGCAUGUUGUGAUUUAUGUUCAUUAAAAGGAAGUACUUUACGUAAGUAUUAAAUAGUUAAAAGAUUGCACUGUUUAGAGUUAAAAACAUAUUGAGAAACAUAAUUGUUUACUGCAUGUUUCAGUAUUGAUAUGCACUAUUUGAGUUUAUUUUGGAAAGACUAUGCGCUGCUUUUAUUUUGAAGGAGUUACUAGGAAGUACUAGUCAGUCUGUGUGCGAGACAGAGAAAAAAAAAUACUGAGAUGCUGCCAGCAACAUGCUAUUGAGCUGACGCGCUGUGAAACCAAGCCACCCUUUUUGUAUUGCUAUUUUUCCACCAUGUUUGUAUCUUUUAAAAACUGAAAAGGUCAGUAAACUUUGGUCAACGUUAUUUGGAGUCUCAUUUCACCAUUUUUUAGAACUUUCCAAUACACUCACUCACACACACACUCACUCACUCAUAAAGAUGUCACAUGUAAUCUCUUUGUGUACCUGUGCAGGUCUCGCUCAGUCUGCAGCAGGUGUUCAGUCAAUGGCAGCAGGGGGCGCUGCAGCAGCUCCAACACACCAUCGACACACUGAACCAGAAGAAGGGUCAAAGGGCAAAGGUCAAAGCUCCGCCCACUCAGUCAGAAGAGGACAGUGAUGAAGACACACAGGUGAUGUAAUGACAACAGGUGAUAACAGGAGAGACUCUUGAGGCUCUUACCUCUCUGUAAUGUGGCCACGCCUAUCACUAAACUCUGGCAAUCGACAGGAACUACACACUGCAAUAAUAUUGACCAUAAUGGUAUGAGGUGGUGAUGAUUGUUCGUUAAUGAUCACAGGUAAUGGAGUGCGAGUCAUCCGGUCCGUCAGUCAGCAGGACAGAAGCUCCACCUCCUCAGGAGGAAGAGGACGGCUGGACGCUAGUACGAAAAAGGAAGUAAAGAUGAGCCAGCAAGAGCUGACCUUUGACCCUCAGGAUGGGACUGUAUGACUUCAACUCAGAACUGUGUGUGUGUGUGUGUAGACUUUGUUUUUGAAGUGUUUUCAUAAUAAACCUAAAAAACCUGCUGA